CAGCGCUGAUCGAGUUUAAAUCUAUAGCGAAAUGAGCGGCGGAAAGUGAGCCACUUGGCGUGAACCCAAAGCUUUCGAGGAAAACUCUCGGGCCACCAAAAAAAAAAAAAUUACAAGAAAAACACAAAAGUAUCUGAAAGAUUCGCGAAGUGACGCGUGAAGAUCUCCAAUCCCCAAAAGAUCUCGGUGCGGAAACAAAGAAAUUGAGGCAUUUGAGGUUGUUGUGCGCGAGUGUGUGUCUUCUGCUUGGUGUGUGGAAUGUCAACUGACGGGUUGUAAAGGGAAACCCUGAAAUCCGAACAGCCAAAGCAAAUAAAGCUGUGAAUACGAAAUAAGUACAACAAACAUUUACAGAUACAGAUACAGAUACAGAUAGAGAAACAGAUACUGGAGAUGCUCCCAGAUACAGCUACUAGUGAAUUAGUUUAAAAACUCAAGAGAUCUAAGAAGAAAAACAUAGUGCGUGUGUGUCAGUUGGAAAAUAUGUGGAUGACCUGCGAACCGUCAGCCGAAGGAGCCGCCGGGUGACAGGUGCAUCCCUCAGAUACCCAGGAUAUCCAGACCCAUCAGGAUUGCACAUCCCAACUCCAGGGUGUCAGGGUGUCAUGUGCCGCGGCAUUUCGACCGCAGCCACAUCAACCGACCAGGUGCGCCUUGAAUGCGGCAACACUAUUUUCAACAAGAACUCGAUCUACUUCAUCUACAAUUAUCGAAGGAAAACAGUAGCCGACGACAGUAGCGGCCGGGCCCACAAGAACACAAGAACAUCCCUAUCAGAUAUUUACACAAGCGUGAUUUAUUUGAAAAGCGAAACGGCCAGAGCGCCAUAAACAUCUGUAAAUUGUGCAAAUAUAUCCAAGUGUAACCGAAAGCCGCUCGCCGCGAUAACGGAUCCCAUUCCCAUUCCGAUUUCGAUUCUGAAUCCGAGUCCAAGCCGAUUCUGAUUCCCCGAUUUCGAUCCAAAUUCCGAUCCCGUCAUAAAUUCAGUGGAACGAAAAGUGUACGAGACAGUUGGUCGCUCCUAUUUUGCUUGCUUUCCGGGCGAUCCAUCACACGGCUUUCGAAUUAAUAACCGAACACAUGUCGUAUCGAUAUUCGACUUGAGCGAUACGGUCACCCGGAGAUCCAAUAUCAAGCGAUACCACUCGACCAUAGGAAACUUUAUAAGACUGAGAGUUGCAAGCGACCAUGCGCGCAUGGCUUCUACUCCUCGCAGUGCUGGCGACCUUACAAACGAUCGUUCGAGUUGCUAGCACCGAGGAUAUAUCCCAGAGAUUCAUCGCCGCCAUAGCGCCCGUUGCCGCCCACCUGCAGAUUCCGCCAGAAGGAUCAGGACCAGCGUCUAGAUCAGGAUCGGGAGGAGCAACAACCAGCACAGCAUUAGCAAAAGCAUUUAAUCCAUUUAACGAGCCCUCCUCGUUCAGUGAUAGUGAUAAAAGCCAUCUGAGUAAAAACCGCAACAACAAAAAACAACUUAGCAAAAGUGACGCGAACAACCGACAGUUCAACGAAGUGCAUAAACCAAGAACAGACCAAUUAGAAAAUUCCAAAAAUAAGUCUAAACAAUUAGUUAAUAAACCCAACAACAAAAUGGCUGUCAAAGAGCAAAGGAACCACAACAAGAAGAACCACCAUCAUCGCAGCCAUCAGCAGCAGCAGCACCAGCCAAAAAAGGCCGCCAGCCCAUCAACAUCCGCAUCCACAUCCUCAGAAUCUCAUCAAUCAUCGAUUGAAUCAAUCUUCGUGGAGGAGCCAACGCUGGUGCUCGAUCGCGAGGUGGCCUCCAUCAAUGUACCGGCCAAUGCCAAGGCCAUCAUCGCCGAGCAGGGUCCGUCCACCUACAGCAAGGAGGCGCUGAUCAAGGACAAGCUCAAGCCGGACCCCUCCACUCUAGUCGAGAUCGAGAAGAGCCUGCUCUCGCUGUUCAACAUGAAGCGGCCGCCAAAGAUCGACCGCUCUAAGAUCAUCAUCCCUGAGCCGAUGAAGAAGCUCUAUGCCGAGAUCAUGGGCCAUGAGCUCGACUCGGUCAACAUUCCCAAGCCGGGACUACUGACCAAGUCGGCCAACACAGUGCGAAGUUUUACACACAAAGAUAGUAAAAUCGACGAUCGAUUUCCCCACCAUCACCGGUUUCGGCUGCACUUCGACGUCAAGAGCAUUCCCGCCGACGAGAAGCUGAAGGCCGCCGAGCUGCAGUUGACACGGGAUGCCCUGAGUCCGCAAGUGGUGGCCAGGACGUCGUCGGCGAACCGAACCCGCUAUCAGGUGCUCGUCUACGAUAUAACGCGUGUGGGAGUGCGUGGCCAGCGGGAGCCGAGCUAUCUGCUGUUGGACACCAAGACGGUCCGGCUGAACAGCACGGACACGGUAAGCCUCGAUGUCCAGCCGGCCGUGGACCGGUGGCUGGCGAAUCGCCAGCGGAACUACGGUCUGCUGGUGGAGGUGCGGACUGUCCGCUCCUUAAAGCCGGCGCCGCACCACCACGUACGCCUGCGCCGCAGCGCGGACGAGGCGCACGAGCGGUGGCAGCACAAGCAGCCGCUUCUGUUCACCUACACGGAUGAUGGGCGGCACAAGGCGCGCUCCAUACGGGAUGUGUCCGGCGGAGAGGGUGGUGGCAAGGGCGGAAGGAACAAGCGGCAACCGAGGAGACCGACGCGUCGCAAGAACCACGACGACACCUGCCGGCGGCACUCGCUGUACGUGGAUUUCUCCGACGUCGGAUGGGACGAUUGGAUUGUGGCGCCGCUAGGCUACGAUGCGUUUUAUUGCCACGGGAAGUGCCCCUUCCCAUUGGCCGAUCACUUCAACUCGACGAACCACGCGGUGGUGCAGACGCUGGUCAACAACAUGAAUCCCGGCAAAGUGCCGAAGGCGUGCUGCGUGCCCACGCAACUGGACAGCGUGGCCAUGCUCUAUCUCAACGACCAAAGUACGGUGGUGCUAAAGAACUACCAGGAGAUGACCGUGGUGGGCUGUGGCUGUCGAUAGAUUCGCACCAUCGCACCACCAUUUCCAAGUGGAAAUCGCGAGCGAGAGAGCAUCAAAUGCUGUUUGGUUCCAAGCCGUCAAUGCUUUAAACACAACGCAAACAAAAUGGACUGAAUAUUUGAAUUUUAAGUGUAAAUCGUUAGACUUUAAUCGUAUCGACUAAACGUAAUCGGCGGCAGCCACGCCCCCCCCGAAGAGCCACCCACCAUAACCGCCCACCUUGGAGCCUCUGUCAGUUUCCCCAGCCAGGCUGGGGAAAAAUCCCAGAUCAGAGCGAUUUUGAGAGCGCAGAGUCCACUGUAUAUAGCCGCCAUGCCACGCCCCCAAAACCAGAGAACACCCCCAUCCGUCAGAUACUUCAGAUAUUAGAUACUUUCGUAUCUGUGUGAGCUGCUGCUGCUGAAGAAGAAGUAGAAGUAUGAGUAGGUGUAGAGGGAGUAGAAGUAAGAGUAAGAGUAAGAGCGACCAAUUGAACAAAUUGUAUAAAAAUGCUAAUAUAUUAAAACACUUUAUCGAUGCGAACUGGUAUCUAAGUAUGUAUAUGUUUGUGGAAAGGAGACCUAUUCUACUAGCCGUUUUUGUUAAUAAUUUUAUAAAUCAAUAGCAAUCCAUUUGUAAAUUAACUAGCGAGAGUAUAAUCGAAUAAUGACUUGAAAUUACUUAGGAACUAUCUGACCUAAACCAUAGUUUUAGACAAAAGUAAACAGAAAUUGCAUAUGUCACUCUCUUGUAUAUGUACUAAAUACCUAUAUACAAUAUAUGCGAUACACACACAUCAGCACACACUCACCCAUAACCACACACACACACACACACACACUCACAUAUCGACACGAAAGGGUAUUCAAACUUCGUUCCGAAUUAAACUAAAACGUAACUGUAUAAACAAAACGUAUGCUCUAUAAAUAUAUGAAUAACUAUUUACAUCGUUAUGCGUUCUAAGCUAAGCUCGAGUAAAUCCGUAAACGUUAAUUAAUCUAGAAUUUUAAGACCUAACGCUUAAGCUCAGCAUGUUGGAUAAAUUAAUAGAAACGAAAGAAACAAAAACAAAAUGAAAAACCCACAAAAAGAAAACCCGAUGGAUGGAAAAUAUCGAUUCGUGCCUGAUGUUGCAGAGCACGAUUUGUAUAUGUAAUUCUUCAUAUAAACUUUAUUAUUUUAUUUAUUUAAAAAGAAAACAUAUUUUUGAUGACGACGAUGGCGAUGAUGCGGGAGCGAUGAGGAAAAAGAAAGAUGAAAAAUAUAAAAGAAAAACAAUUUAUUAAAAAAAAAUAAGCAAUGGUAU